GGUAUAGACUCCAAAAUCUUAUAUAGAUUGGAUAUAAUUAAAGACAGUUGAUGAUCAAAACGGUUGCAUACUUGCAUCCGUGGGACUAAUUAAAGCUAAAAUAUAUAUAAUCAAAGUUUUGUCAAAUAUAUUAUAUAUAAUCAAAGUUCCAAAAUGAUUUUGCAUAAUUAUCUCAAACUCGAAAACUAUAGUAAAAUAGGUAAAAAGUGGGGGCUCACAUGUCAGCUUCAUGGGAUUCAAUCGGACGGCUAGAAAAACGAUACUAAGAUGGCUACGUGGGACCAACGUGAACAGAAGGAGGGGGACUCGUGCCCACGUCCUCUGGUCUAUCUUACCAAAUCGGACGGUGGCGAUGAGUUCCGGUUUAAAGCUAGAUAUCACACUAAAUAUAAAUUUCUUAAUUUAUAAUCAAGUGGCAAUCUAAUCUAUAAUCACGUAAUUUAAAAUAAUUAAAAGAGAGAGUUUAGCUGUCCAUUUUUAGUGGUGUCCGAAUAAAAGCCCUUGUCGUCUGGAGGGAAGACAUAACCGACUCUUGCUUCUUUACUUUCCAAAUAAACCGUUCAAUUAAUUAAAUGCAAUACCAGGAGGGUUGAAUUUUUGAUAGUGUUAGUUGUCCUUGCGGGUCCCACCCUCCGAGUGUGAUUCCCCACGGUGUGCACCACCGUAAGUAUCCGAUUCUCUACAUUAAAGACACGUGACAAACCGGUUCCGGUUAUUUCCGAGUUAAUUUCAUUUCUGAAUAACAAAACGGAUAUAAACCAGGACCGGUUAUUUCCGAGUUAAUAUCAUCAUCUUCUUCUUCUGGAGCUACUCUGGUAUGAAGCUGGAUCCCGCAAGAGAGAUCGCGUUAAGGAUGCAGAGAGACCAGAAGUCUAUGUGAUUCGUUCGGACAUUCCGACAAGAAGCGAUGUCGAGGAGCUGUCGGCUUCUCCUCUCCCGCGCUUCACUCUGUUAUCGUCUUCGCUCUGAUUAUCAUCAUCAUCAUCAUCACAGCUUCACCACUUUCACAAAACGUAACUCAACUCGAACAUCAAUUAGAAUCAAUGCCUUUUUAUCAGAUCCAUCUCCAUCACCGAUUAGUUCCAGAGUCAACGCGCGCGUCCUGUUCUUCUCAACUUCAACUCCAAAUCCAGUCUCUAAAUCUAAUAACCAAACCAAUACGACGUCGUCUCAGAAGAUCCUCCGCACGAUCUUCAGCUCCUUAUGGAUGAAAGACAACCCAGAGCUCCGUCUCAGAGUCCUCGCCGCACUAGCCUGCCUCGUCGGAGCCAAGUUCUUGAACGUUCAAGUGCCUUUCCUCUUCAAGUUAGCCGUAGAUUCACUCUCCUCCUCCUCCUCUUCAUCAUCCCUCGCUACCACAAACCCUUACCUCCUCGCCGCUUUCGCUACCCCUUCCUCCGUCCUCAUCGGCUACGGCAUCGCCCGAACCGGAUCCUCCGCCUUCAACGAGCUUCGCACUGCCAUCUUCUCCAAAGUCUCUCUCCGCACCAUACGCUCCCUCUCGAGAAAAGUUCUCUCGCAUCUACACGACCUCGACCUCCGCUACCAUCUGAACCGAGAAACAGGGGCCUUGAACAGAGUCAUCGACCGCGGUAGCCGCGCGAUUAACACGAUCCUCUCUGCGAUGGUUUUCAACGUCGUUCCGACAAUCUUGGAGAUAUCUAUGGUCUCAGGUAUAUUAGCUUACAACUACGGAGCUGUUUUUGGUUUGGUCACUUGUCUCUCCGUUGGAUCGUACAUAGCUUUCACGUUGGUUGUGACGCAGUACAGAACCAAGUUUAGAAAAGCUAUGAAUAAAGCUGAUAAUGACGCUGGCACGAGAGCCGUUGAUUCUCUUAUAAACUACGAGACUGUUAAGUACUUCAACAACGAAGACUACGAAGCGAGGAAGUACGAUGAGUUGCUGGGGAGAUACGAGGAUGCUGCCUCCACGACUCAGAAAAGCCUCGCGUUUUUGGAUUUCGGACAGAGUUUGAUAUUUAGUACGGCGUUGUCUACGGCGAUGGUGUUGUGUUCUCAGGGGAUUAUGAACGGUCAGAUGACGGUUGGUGAUUUGGUAAUGGUGAAUGGUCUUCUCUUCCAACUGUCUCUUCCUUUGUACUUUCUCGGUGGUGUUUACCGCGAAACGGUUCAGGGUCUUGUGGAUAUGAAGUCUUUGUUUCAGUUGCUUGAGGAGAGAUCUGACAUUGGAGAUAGAGAUGCAGACGCAAAGCUUCCUAGUCUUGCUCUGAAAGGUGGGAGCAUUCGGUUUGAGGAUGUACAUUUUAGUUACCUGCCGGAGAGGAAGAUCUUAGAUGGGGUUACGUUUGAGGUACCGGCAGGGAAGAGUGUGGCUGUUGUAGGUAGUAGUGGAAGCGGGAAGUCGACGAUUCUUAGAAUGAUAUUCAGAUUCUUUGAUACAGAUUCUGGAAAUGUAAAGAUUGAUGGUCAGGAUAUAAAGGGAGUGAGGCUAGAUAGUCUUCGAAGAUUCAUUGGAGUUGUCCCUCAAGAUACUGUGCUAUUCAAUGACACUAUAUAUCACAACAUUCACUAUGGAAACCUCUCAGCAACAGAGGAAGAAGUCUACGACGCAGCUAGGCGUGCGUCCAUUCACGACACGAUCAUGAACUUCCCGGAGAAAUAUAAAACAGCGGUUGGAGAAAGAGGGCUGAUGCUGAGUGGUGGAGAGAAACAAAGAGUGGCACUAGCUCGUGCCUUUCUGAAAUCGCCUGCGAUUCUGUUGUGUGACGAAGCGACGAGUGCGCUGGACAACAAAACCGAGGCAGAGAUAAUGAAAACGCUGAGGUCGUUGGCGAGUAACAGGACUUGCGUUUUCAUUGCACACAGGCUGACCACUGCGAUGCAGUGCGAUGAGAUCAUUGUAAUGGAGAAAGGGAAAGUGGUUGAGAAGGGGACGCACGAAGUGUUGUUGAAGAAAUCAGGAAGAUACGCCGAUUUGUGGAUACAACAAAACAGUACAGUGGAGGGUUGAAUCUCAAAAGCAAGAGCCCGAGUGUUGACUUUGACAUAUUUGUGAUUCUUGUCUUCUUAUUUUUUACGCAAAAUUUGGAAUAAUUAUUUGCAAAUAUUAAUUGUUUGUAAUCAUGUACAACAGAAAAUAAAAUUGUUUGUAACCUUGUAACAAGGAAAAUAUUUUGUAGUAGUAGAGGCACCAAACCUAUUUGUUUGGUUUGUAAUUUGAAAUUUAACAUUUGAAAUUUUUAUUUUUCCAACCUUCA